AACCUUCAGUUAAAAUCGAACCGUCGUAGGGGGUGUGUCAAGCCUUCGUACCUUUCCAUCUUCACUUAAUUUUUUGAAAGCCCCUCCGUCCUGCGCGGUUCCGAGAGGCGUAGUCCCCCGCACUUAGCAGCAUGUCGGCAGCAGAGGCGGUGGUGUCUGGGCCGCGGUGGGUUUUGGGCGGGUUCUUGUUCUUCAGUGCGUGUAAUCAGCUGUUGCGCCUCGCUGUCCCUCCUUCUGCCGCCACCACGGGCAAGAACACGGCCUGGAAGUGGAAGAACACCGCCGUCUCCCUUGUCCACUCCCUGGUGACGGGCACGUGGUCCCUUUACUGUUUCUAUGAGCACCCGAAGCUUGCGGAAGACCUGAUCAAUGCAUACUCCAACUCUUCCCACAUGCUGAUCUCCUUCUCCGUGGGCUACUUCAUCCAUGACUUCCUGGACAUGGCCUUGUGGCAUCGCAAGCGCUCCUCCUACGAGCUGAUGGUCCACCACACCUGCGUCAUCCUGUGCUUCGGCCUGGCAGUCUGGAGCGCCAUGUUUGUGGGGUACGCAGUGGUGGCGCUGUUUGUGGAGGUGAACAGCAUCUUCCUGCACACCCGGCAACUGCUCAAAAUCAUGGGCGUGAGCAAUCAGGACCCCAAGUACCGCCUCAACUCCAUGCUCAACAUCGGCACUUUCGUAGUGUUCCGCAUCGCCGUGCUGGGCUGGAUGACGCGCUGGAUUGUCAUUCACAAGGACGACCUCACCCUGCCUGUGUACACCCUCGGAAGCGUCGGUCUGGCAAUCAUCAUGUUCAUGAACAUCAUUCUCUUCUUCAGAAUCUGUAUAGUAGAUUUCUCAAAAAAGAAACACAAAGAAUCAAAAUCAAGUUCACUGCACAAGAAGAUCCUCCAAGAUGACGAUGAAGUGAGUGCAGCGAAUGGCAGCAUCGGGGGCCACUCCGCCAGCCUGCUCUCCAGCGGCACCAACCUCCACCUCUCCUAGUUAGUGGGUCGUCUUAGCUAGCUAGUCUGUUGCUGUAGAGAAACUUUGUAUGGAGUCACAAAAUAUGUAAUUUAUUUUUUUGUAAGGAAAAGUCAGAUAGAUUUCUGUAGACCAAAUAUAGAACUUGUACAAGCAUUUUAUCUAUUUUAUGAAGUAAAUGUUGAAAUCAUUUACACACAGGGCUGAUACAGUAGAAGUACUGAAUAUAAAUUCCUUUAACCCUUUCCUUGCUAAGCACUCGCAACGAGACUAUCCCCUCAGGCGCACUCGGGCACCCCAGCGGGCGAAGGGGAUCUCUUUUAACUGCUGUAUCUCAAAAACUAUCCAUCACAGCUACAAAACAAGGACACCAUUGGAAAGAGGAGGCCAAGAUCUAUAAGAUACAGUUAUGUAAGCCUCUCCUGCGAACGUACAGGCACGUUCAGGGGGUGUUUUUUGCUGUGAGUGCAACUGGCGCUCGCAGCGAGCUUUUAGCACCACCAGCAAGUGAUGCUAGUGCUCGCUCUUUUAACCUCUGUAUCUCAAAAACUAUUCAUCACAGCUACAAAACAAAAACACCAUUGGAAAGAGGAGGCCAAGAUCAAUAUGAUUUGGUAAUGUAAGCCUCUCUUGCGAAAGUACAGGCACGUUCAGGGGGUGUUGCCUGUGAAGACGUACAUUUAUGCGUGCGUGACGGUCAGCCGUAAGGCAACUACUGUAGAUCUCUUGAUGAUGGGGUUGUGGCAGGGCAGUAUUGCUAACUGCAAAAUUUACAACUAUUUGGUCAAAAUAUCAGUCAUGUGAUAGGUGAAGCUAUGCAAAAAUGUCGCUAUAUUGGUCAUCAACAUCCACCAGUUUCUUAUCCGUAGAUUUUACGCGCUGGGCUGAUAUGAUUUUCCACCAAAUUUAGUGGAGAACCCAUUCAAUUGGCAAUCCUAUGUUGUGAGAAAUAUUGUUGGAACACUCUCAUACGCGGGAGAUAUGAGUGCAGCUGGAGCUUGCAGCGAGUGUUUAGCACCAGCAAAUACGCCUAACGCUCGCUGCGAGCGUUUAGCAAUGAAAGGGUUAAAUGGAUACAAAUAUUCUUGGUAUAAGUUUUGGGCCAAAGAGUCGGUGAGUCUGAGUGUUGCUGAAGGAGCAGGUGGAGCAGCUCUAAAGCCUUCGUCACAAUGGUCCUUUGCAUUACAAGCAUCAAAUGUGAACACACAUUGAUCUUAUUACUUCAUGUGCUCUUAUUGGCAGCCUCACUGUUACCAAUAUAAAUUACAUCACAGUUAUGAGCUAAGGUACUCAGGUAUUUCCUGGUGUUAUUAGAUUCAUUAUUAAUGGAAUAUAUAUUUUUGUGGUUUUUCAUGCUUCUGAACUAUUGAUGAAAACUUACAUAAGAUAUGAGUGCUGCCCUCCAUCUCUUAUACGCCCAGGUUCGAAUUCUGGCCCGAGCAGUCGGGGUGCAGCUCACCCAGCUGUUCAUCCUCCCUCUCAGGCUGGUUGAUACAUGGGUACCUGGGAAAACCUGGGGAAGGUAAACUGUGGUAACCCGGAUGUCACACCGGCCCUGUAUCCCGGGGUAAUGUGCUCCCUCCCACCACAGGGUCAAUGACCAAUGUUACGGAGCUGAGCACCGAGGCCACACGCUGCUACAGCGUACGCCCCCAACUUUACCUUUUUACCUUUUCCAUCUCUGGUUAGUGGUGCAGGAUGGAGGCAGCCUCUCUGAGUCAGUGGCUGGUGUGUGUGUGUGUGUCUGGGUGUUUCCAAGCUACCAUUAGCUGAUGAAUGUGAGCUGUGUGAUGCCAGUGUUGAUAUAUCCAUGGAGCUAAAAUUUGCCAACUGUGCUGAUGGUCAGAAUCAACGUGUGUUAUGUACUUGCGACUUUAUAAGUGGACAGCUGCUGCUGACAUGAAGAUUUUUGUUACUGCUUGUUAUUAUGAUGAACAUGUUCCUUUCAUGUACUGUAUUUGAUAGGACAAAGACCAAGUUAAUAGUCAAUACUCUGAAAGAGACUUGGUGUGCCAAAGUGAUAAUGAGCCUCGCCCUCCUGAACAACACAGCCUCCCAGCGCUGCCUCCCACACCUCCUGGCCGGCCCUCCAACACACCCAGGAGGGAGUAGUCAAGGCCCCGCUGAAGGGGUUUUCCCCACAACUAGCUAUGUGGACGGGUCAUUGUGUCAUUGUCAGUCUGGUUGAGCAUUUGUAGGUCAGGUGUAAAAUGGAAUUUGUUAUUUUAUUGCUUUUAUGAUCAAAUUAAUAUCACAAUAUUUUGUGCUUAUAUGUCUCUAUAACUGUGUUCAUGUACCUACCUUCAUUCCUCAACAUGAGCAUCUGUAUCAUUUUGUUUAUACAUGUUGAUUUACCUGUUUAUAUGAAGAGCAGCUCUUGGGGCGUGAGUUUAUGUUGAGGCCAAGCAGGUGGUGCAGGUUGGGCUCAGUCAAGCAGGCAACCUCAAAAUAAUGAAGUGUUUGGGAUGGUUUACUAAUGCAAUUGCCAUGGAUAAUAGACUUGAUCCAGCUCAUUGGUUUAUUUUAUUAGGGAAAGUUUGUAUACUUUAUAUAGUACUGCCAGGAAGAUCUUGUGAUUGCACACUUCCCAGACGGACAUAAUGUUUGUCUGAUUUUUACAAGGUUGUGAUGAGUGAAUGCCAGUCAGCGCCAGUCUGUAGAGGCUUGAGUGUUGUGUGUCUGGAAUAUCUGUAAGAAUGCUGACAAAACAAUAUUUUUUGAAUGUUGCUGCAGUGUGUGUGUGUGUGUGUGUGCGCGUGUGCGUGUGCGUGCGUGCACAUGCUUGAGCGCACAAUCAUGUUUGCCUGUGGGUGUGCAAAGGUGUACAACUAACCCAGCCGUUGCCUGUUGGAGCUUACAGUUAAAGUUUAUUUGAAAUGCUUUGUUAGAUUUGUGAGAGGUGAGGAUUCUUAUAUUUAUUUGUUACUUUUUAAUAGAGGAUAUUAUAAUUUGAAAUGGAAACUGCUUUGGUACAGGUCAAUCUAGUGUUGCCUGAGUAGCUUCACCGUCAGAACAUAUUUCCACUACUGCUUAUGUUAUCUGUGCAACAUGAAUAUUAAUCCUUCAUCAACAAAAGUUUCUUUUUUGUAUUCUUUAGGAUUUACUACUGUGUACAUAUGUAUGUAUAUAUAUAUAUGUAUGUAUGUAUGCAUGUACAUAUAUGUUUUUAUGUAUAUUAUUUUCUGUGUGAUUUUGUACAUUUUAAAACUUUGAAACCUAUAUACAAGCAGUGUACCAAAAUCUAGUCAUGCUUUAGAUGUUCAGCAAACCUCAGUUGUAUGUGCUCAGUGCAUUCUGCAUUCUGAAUAAGUUUGUGCAAAGGAGACUUUCUAGGAAAUUUUUCUUUCCAGAGUUAAAUGCACAAGAUUUAUCACUGCCUACUCUGAGAUUCUCACACACACACACACACACACACACACAUACACACACACAUACACCACUCCGUGGCCCAACUGGUAGAGCGCUGUGCUGCCAGGCUUCACGGUCUGACAGGGCUGCGGUUCAAGCCCGCUCAGGCCGGAUUCUCUCCGUUGCCUAGGAGUGGUUACUGUCCCCCUUGAGCAAGAGGGAUGGGGGUGUGUGGUGUGUGAGGUCCUGGCAGUACCCAGAGAUCGACGAUAAAGAGCACUUGCUCAUGUCGGGAGGGUACCUGCUGGCGAUUAGUACAAGUCUAACACGUGAUCAGGCCAUGGUGAAUCACAUACACACACACACACACACACACACACACACACAAACUUUUUGGUAGGGAGGUUUCUUUCAUCAAAAUGUGUAAUUUAUUUAGACCUUAAGUAAUGUGUAAGUCCUGUUUUACAAAUUUCAGCUACUCAGACAUUCCAGAAAUUAUAGUCCCUCCUCUAAUGUCAUGUCAACACUUCCCCAACCUAAGCCUGUCCUGAGCUUCAUUCUGGUGCUGUUGUGUGUUUUUUAUAGUGCAUCUUUGAUGAAACUUUAUACCUUGUAAAAGUGAAAAAGUAGCUAUAAAACAUGGAACCAUUAAUAAGAAAAUGAUGGCCUGGCAUGUAUGUAUGACAGACAGUCCAUUUAGACAUCAAUGGACUAAGGCUCUGCUCUGGUAGGUUUUGGGGGUAGUGGAUGAGUGGAACAAAUUAAGCAGCUAUGUAUUACAUGCAAUUACCGUUGAUAUUUUUAAACAGAGGUCAGAUAAGUUCAUGAACAGGGAGGGGAGUAGGUAAAUAACUCAGUUAAGGAUGCUGCCAUGUGUAGGCCUACUGACCUCUUGUAGUGGCCUUAUAUUUUUUGCACGGUCGGUCAUUGUCACACGUUAAAUAUUGGAGGUAAUAUGUAUGUAGCAGAAAACCUGAGAAAAGUUAACUUCACAAAGCCAGUACUGUUGUAACAUGGUUCACUACUUUGCAGAAACUAAGUGCUGUUGUGCAGUGCUUGUGAGAUUCUAAGCAAGUUUUCUUUAUUUUGUAGUUUUUCAUUUUUCUGAUAAGUUAACAGUGAACCUCAAGCAGUUUGGAUAUGGCGAGUUACCUUUUAUCAUUAAAUACAGGCUAAUGUUUUAAUAACAUUUAUUAACAUUAAACAGUGGAAUGCAGUGGUAUUCAAAGCUUUCACAGAAGACAGUACACAUUGUACGGCCUCUCAGGGUGUGGUGCUUAUAAGUGACUUAUAGUUAUAUGUCUGCAUGUGUGGGUACAGGUCUAGUGCAUCAGGAGCAGGAGUGUGGAGAGGGACAAAGUGUGCUUGGCACAAGUACAGCUGGGAGACCCUGGCCAUGAAGUAAUGAAAGAUGAAAAGGUUCUUCACUGUAUAGCAGUCUACAAAACACCUGAUGGCAACUGUUCUGUAGUGCGUUCAUAACCUAAAGAUAACACAUCACUGGCUGUUAAAGCUGAAGUGUUGGAGGAGAUGCUGCUCCUAAGCUUCUCCUGUGCAUCAUUUACACAAGAGCACACAAGAGAAGAAAACAAAGCUGGAAGUUCCUGGUGCUUGUGUUUUAUUCAGAGCCGUGAACUAUUUAAACUUGUUUCUACUGUAGACUUGUUUACUGUUUUUACCAUAUUUAAAUUAUAUUUAUUUUAAUAUUCACAAAGUAAACCUAAAAUAAUUUCCAAGAGUACUUCUUGUAUUUCAUAUUUCAAAUGAAAUACUUUGUGUUAGUUUCUUUAGAUCAAAGAUUUACAAAAAAUAUUGGCUCAUUUUGUGUUUUAUUUCUAGGCUUUGCAAGUCUUAUUAAGCAUUAACUAACAUUGUCCUCUGAGACAGUUUUAUUUCAUGAUUAUUUGUCAUCACAUAAUAUGUAAUGAAAAGGAAACAUUGAAAUCCUUCAGUUGAAAGGCCUGUGUGCAGCUGAUAUAGAUUUGAAUGGCAAGCAGAUUGUGCAUGAAGGUUGAUUUUAUUUUUCUGAAAGUGAAUGAAGGUUCAUUAUAUAUAUUUUUUCCAAUGUUCUUAUUUAGAUUCACUGAAUUCUUAAUAAAGGCAAUGGCACCACCUGCCAACACCAAAAUAUCAUACUGACUUAUGAUGGAGAGGAAGAGUAGUGAUGGGCAGAGGCACACACUCACUGAGGUGCCUGUGGCUGCAACACACACUCACUGAGGUGCCUGUGGCUGCAACACACACUCACUGAGGUGCCUGUGGCUGCAACACACACUCACUAAGGUGCCUGUGGCUGCAACACACACUCACUAAGGUGCCUGUGGCUGCAACACACACUCACUGAGGUGCCUGUGGCUGCAACACACACUCACUAAGGUGCCUGUGGCUGCAACACACACUCACUGAGGUGCCUGUGGCUGCAACACACACUCACUGAGGUGCCUGUGGCUGCAACACACACUCACUAAGGUGCCUGUGGCUGCAACACACACUCACUGAGGUGCCUGUGGCUGCAACACACACUCACUGAGGUGCCUGUGGCUGCAACACACACUCACUAAGGUGCCUGUGGCUGCAACACACACUCACUGAGGUGCCUGUGGCUGCAACACACACUCACUAAGGUGCCUGUGGCUGCAACACACACUCACUAAGGUGCCUGUGGCUGCAACACACACUCACUGAGGUGCCUGUGGCUGCAACACACACUCACUAAGGUGCCUGUGGCUGCAACACACACUCACUAAGGUGCCUGUGGCUGCAACACACACUCACUGAGGUGCCUGUGGCUGCAACACACACUCACUAAGGUGCCUGUGGCUGCAACACACACUCACUAAGGUGCCUGUGGCUGCAACACACACUCACUGAGGUGCCUGUGGCUGCAACACACACUCACUGAGGUGCCUGUGGCUGCAACACACACUCACUGAGGUGCCUGUGGCUGCAACACACACUCACUGAGGUGCCUGUGGCUGCAACACACACUCACUGAGGUGCCUGUGGCUGCAACACACACUCACUGAGGUGCCUGUGGCUGCAACACACACUCACUGAGGUGCCUGUGGCUGCAACACACACUCACUGAGGUGCCUGUGGCUGCAACACACACUCACUGAGGUGCCUGUGGCUGCAACACACACUCACUGAGGUGCCUGUGGCUGCAACACACACUCACUGAGGUGCCUGUGGCUGCAACACACCCCAAACAUCAGAAAGCAGAUGCUGUGCAGACUGAAAUAAUAAUUAAAUCCCCAUACCUCAUUACCUUAUGUGUUGAAUGUGUUAAUAGUUUAAUAUUAUUAUUAUUAUUACUUUUUUUGUCAAGCAGGUUCUUAUCCAAGCUUUGGAAAGGUGCACAGCACCAUUUGUUACUUUUCAACAGUCAGGAGAGUCUCUUUAGUUUCAAUCAUUAAAUGUAACUACUUGUGUACCCUCGUCCCCCUACAUGCAGGUUAGUUUUCUUGAAGAUGUGUGUAUUAUAAUUUAUUUGAUACAUUACUUAUCCAACUGUCUGCCACUAACACACACACACACACACACACACACACACAGGGAUGAUCUAAAUGUGUCACAUUCUUCACUGUUUUCUUCUGCAGGCAAUAAAUACACAGCUAGUUUAUGGUAGCAUAAUUUCGUUACAUAAUUGUGAUAAAGAAGUACAAUCAAAUUGCUCAUGACUGCCAGAAGCAAUUAAUUAAUUACUGCUGCAGUGAAGCGUCAGUGCCUGGUGUUAGCGGUGUGGCUGGGCCGAGGAAUGGAGUGCCUGGCAGGGUAGCCCACAGGGCUCGGUGCUCGGUGCUGCGCCUCACAGACUCUUCACUCUCCAGCCACUGGGUGUCAGUUACUGGGCCAGGGGAAUGCAGGGAAGAAAGGGAGACAAAGAAUGCCCCAAGAUGCCUUGUCUUAAACGUAAUGAUCAGUGCUGAUCACAGCGCGUUGGUCUUCAUUACUACUACUGCUACUACUACUACUAUUAAAUAAGGUAGCAAUAUACCACCACGUGCUACACGCCGGAAGUGUAACAGUAAUAAUGGUAAUGUUUGAUUCCUUAUGUGAGAUAGAAAAAAACACUAACUGAGAACCACAUUCCACCGUGACGACCAGUGUGAAGCAGAGGUCUUAACACAUCAUGUCCUUAGCCAAACAAUGUACAGCUUGUUUGUUGUAAAAAAAAAACGCUCCCAACCGUGCUAGUGUUAAAGAACCAAUUUCUGUUCCCUUUAGUCCUAGAAAUGGUGUUUUAGUCAGGCAUACAAAUGGUAGCUGGUGUUUCUGGAGGGCUUGUUAACACUGAGUGGCUGAUGUCAUUGUCUUGUCUGUAAAUUAAACGUUCCACUCCAGGAAAAUCGCAUUGUUAGAUUAGGUAACAAGUGGUAACCGAUGCGAUGUCGAUACUGGAGGGAAUGUUUCACUGCCGAGUGGUUGAUGCCAUUGUCUCGUCUCGUCUUUAUACGUUCAUCACUCGAAGUCUCGCCGUGUUGCUAUGUGGUAUUGGUCGUGGCUCUCAUGCACACAAAAAAAACAAAAAACAAAACUAAUGCCCAUAUUCUUAACCCGGUAGCAGCGACGGGCCAAAUUUGUGGCUUUACCGUGUAGCAGCGACAGGCCAAAUUUGUGCCAUGAUAUAACCCCCCAAAAAAUAGAUGAUACGUAAACUGAUCACAAAUGCUUUGAUAUAUAUUAUGAAAUGGUUUGUGUGAGUGAUUAUUUUUUUCUCAUUUUUCUCGCUUAGAGGGACCAUUAAGAAACAUGAUCCCCGCUGCUACCGGGUUGAACGUAUCAGGCUUCCAUUGUGACUAUUUAUCCCAGUGUCGCAGAGAAGAAUAACCGGAUUUGCAUGGCUGUUUCCCACGUUCAUGGUGCAGAAGAGAACUCAUGUAAAACUAUCUCGAGGAUCACAAAACACUCCAUGAGUAUCUCAAUAAUUUCUACGAGAGGCUUUUCAAACACAAACAGGCGAACAUAAUUUCCACAAAGGAGAUUAGUCGGGUUCUAAUGAGUGUUUUUUCACGUUCCUGUGGUGCAGAAACCUUGUCAAACUAUCACCAGGCUCAUACAUUGCGAAAACCUUAUCACUUGUGGGUGUGUAAGCUCGAAAUGUUUGAGAAAUGGACCUUCGAAUAAAAGACUUGAAGCUUUGUACUAUUCUUCAACAUAUUGGCACCUUUAUAGUAGGCCUUCGUUGACCUGUUUGAAAAGUGCGAAAACCUUAUCACUUGUGGGUGUGUAAGCUCGAAAUUUUUGAGAAAUGGACCUUCGAAUUAAAGACUUUUUGGUAUUGACUUGAAGCUUGUAUUCUUCAACAUAUUGGCACCUUUAUAGUUGGCCUUCGUAGACCUGUUUGAAAAGCUUGGACUGUUUUGUGGUCCUAGUGGCAGUUUUACACGACUUAACACCAUGAACGGAAGAAUCACCACCCACUCACACUGUUGCCAGAUUACCGUAGUCAGAGAAUCGUAUUUACCGAUUUCUGAGCCAUAGCAUUGCCAAAAAACACCAUUAAUUAACCGCUUUAACGAUAACUAUAUAUGAUGGCAGUUAUUGGGGUCGAGGAGGCAGUUUAGGGGUCAGAAAUCGGCAAACAUAGGAGGCUAGGUACGACAAUCUGGCAACGUUGCGGGCCACUUAUGAAAACCCGGUUAGCAACGAUGCCAGAUUUCCGUAGUCAGUCUCUUAUGUUUCCUGAUUUCCAGCCCCAAAACUGUCUCCUCUACGCCAAUAACUAUAUUCAUUUAUGGUUAUAGUUGAAAUGGUUAAUUAUUAGUGUUUCUUGGCAAUAGUUAAGUGACGAAAACCGGUAUAUGCAAUGUGGUGGAUACGACGAUUUGGCACAGUUGCCGGUUAGUCUUCUUUGACUUUGGAGAGCCCGUUACGUUUCACAGAAUAAUACCUAUGGACAGUGGAACAAGACUCAUCACUUGGGAAGUCUCGCCAUCGUGCUGUGUGUGUGGUGUUCGUCGUGGUUGCUCCCGUGCAUAGGUGACUGACCUAAUUAUCGUGGUGCAUUAUUUGUACAGCCGUGUAGGUGUUGCUCGAUGAGAGACGCUUAUAAAAGGGCUAUUGGUCGUAUUUUAAAACAUUUCGUCGCCCAAGUUCACAUAUUUGACAUGGCUUUCGUAGGAGCUGUAGGCCUUUCCAGGGGUAGUUUUAUGACCCUGGUGGUAGUUUGACCCUUCUGUGCCAUGUACCUUAAAAAAAAACACUCAUGAAGACCCGAUUGAUCCCCUCUUUGACCUUUAGAAAUAGUCGAUGUGAGAAGCGAUGGUGUCUUAAAAUACAGCCUUAUUACACUGGGCAAAUUUUCCGUGGAUCUUCAGUCAAACCACGAUUUCCGCUGGCGUGGUUCUCAUAUUUCCGUGGUUUUCUGACGUGUCCACGAUCUUCCAAAGCUACGGUAUAGAUUUCACCAAAGGAAGACGGUAUUACUCACCAUCAUCAUCAGCGGCAAUAACAAGAAACAAAUGAGAGCCACGCCAGCGGAAAUCGUGGUUUGACUGAAGAUCCACGGAAAAUUUGCUCAGUGUAAUAGCCCCUUAACUGUGUGUGCUCGUGUGUGGCACUGGUUUGUGAUGGAGCUGCUGCCUGCGACGACGUGCGCGCUUCUUGCAGUUGUAAUGUUUAUGACUGCCGGGAGUUGAUACUUACUGGUUACCAAAAUGUAGGCGUAAGAGUUUUCACAAUUUGCACACCUUGUAAUAAAGUAAGAUAUGAAAA